AAUGCAUUCCUCAGAAAAGCCUCAAUCAACAGAUAAACAAUUACUUGAGAUUAUUAAUUAUUGCAAGACCUUCAAAAAUCAAGGAUUGAAUUCCUACGUUAAAGAUGUUAGAGACUGUUGCCGAGCUUCAUACAAAAAAAAAAAUUUACAUCAUAGCAUAGAAUAUAUUAAAGCUUUAAGAAAAUUUGAAACAAGUAAAGUUAUGGACUAUGAAAAGAAAUUGAUUGAGAGUUCCCAUUAUAUGAGAAAUAAACUUGUGUAUAGUUGUUCAAAAACGAUACACGCGACCCAAACCACUUUACAAAAUGAAAAAGAAAAAGAUGCUCUUAGUCAAAGCAUAAUGAAGGUAGAAUCAUUAAUAAAAACACUGGAAUGUGACCUACGAAUGAGACAUAAUCAUCUUGAAAGGCUAUCAACAAUGAAAGAAUUUUUAAUCAAUAUUUCUCCUACAAAUUGGCAGAUGGCAGUCCCGAAUAAAAUUAAUUCAUACCUUAGCUUUGGCGAUUUUCAGCGUAAUCAAUCAAAACAUGCACUGAAAAGAUCAUUUUCAGAUGGCUUAUUGAAUGAUCAACGUUCAGCUCGCAAAUUUUUUCUCAAAGUACCCAGGGAACUUUUAGAGGUUAUCAACAAACUUGAGAAUGAUGUGGUUAGUCUACUCUUGUCUGUGGAUACUUUCAAGAAAAAACAAGCUCUAGUAACAGAAACCAAAUUUUUGAAUGAUUACAAAAUUCCCGAUCAUUUAUUAUAUUUACCUUUUGAUGAAGAUCAGGGCGAGAAAGAAGAUGAAGAGCUAGAUAAUUUGCGGUCUAAAAUUUAUGAUAUCUAUCUCUCAGUAAUACCUUUGAAUAAUUUUGAAGAUACUGAUAUUCAUUGUAAUCAUAACAUUACUGAUACAGUGAAGUUUAUAGAAAGCUAUCUUAUUACUCUCUUGGAUGAAGCAGAUAAGUAUUUGGAAACCGAUGUUGCAAAUGUAUGGAAAAAAAUUAUGGAGGAGAAUAGAAUAGAACAAAGGAAAAAUAUGAUGUUUAAUCGGAGACUAGGAGAAAGCUCUACACAGACACAGAAGUCUGAAGUUCGUUGUAUAACACCUUAUAUAGGAUGGAGAAUUCGUCGUCCAGUUAUUUUUAGAUCACAACCUAACGAAGUAAGGCGUAAAAUUGCGAAAUCGAUAAAAACGUCAUCAGAUAAAAAAAAUUUAUUUUUCAUAGAUUGCUAUUAG